AUGUUCUCAAGCCGCCUGCAAAGGUUUUUACAUUUACCCAGAAUAAUAAAGUUCUCACGACAUAGACAAUAUGAAUAUCCAAGGACUUACUGGCAUACGCUUUUAGGCUCAAAUAAACAAGGCACUGCGAGGAUUACCAAAGUUUCACCAAUUACUUUGGUGAGAAGUUACAGCUCACAUUCGUUCGGCAAAAUCGUUGAUAAUGAUGAAAUAAAAGAUUCUUCUAGCUCGCACGUGAAUCUAGCCGAAAGUUUAGAUAUUGGCGAUGAUCUGUCGACAGAUGAUUUCCAUGACAGUCAUGCUAUAAUAUCUGCUUUUGAUUUGUUUUCCAUUGGAAUAGGACCAUCCUCAAGUCAUACGGUUGGUCCGAUGCGAGCAGCUAAGACGUUUGUUAAUGAUCUGAAAGCUUAUAACAUUCUUUAUAGAGUUCACUCCAUCCGUAUUGAUCUAUAUGGAUCGCUCGCGCUUACUGGUAAAGGUCAUGGCACUCCUAAUGCAAUUCUAAUGGGAAUGGAGGGAGAAACGCCCGAAGAGAUCGAGACGACUAAUAUAUUAGCUCGAGUCACCAAUAUACAUGAAACAGAAACACUUAAACUUGAUGGUACACACACGAUAAAAUUUGAUCCCGCUCGUAGUCUGGUUUUUAAUUACACUGAAUCACUCCCAAAACAUCCCAAUGGAAUGCGAUUUUGUGUGUUCGAUGAACAAGGAGAUCUGUUAGCAACAAAUGAAUAUUUUUCAAUUGGAGGUGGAUUUGUAAUAAACGAGAGAACUCAAAUCCAACAUGACGAGAACUCGCAUCACGAAGAAUGUGAGGAAACGUUUAUGCCUCAAUUACGAAACAGUCGAGAUUUAGUAGCACUUUCAUUUCGCAAUGCAGACGAACUGCUUCGUGUCUGCGAGCGAGAGAACAUGACUAUAGCACAAGUAGUAUAUGAGAACGAACUCCGAUGGAGAGGUAAAGAAGAAAUACACAAAAAGAUUUUUGAAAUAUGGGAGACAAUGGAUCGGAGUAUUCGCAAUGGAUGCGUGGCUGAGGACAUGUUUUUACCUGGGAGAUUGAACGUCCGCCGACGAGCUCCUGCAUUAUAUAAGAAUUUGACAAAGCGGAUAUAUACAACGUCGCAAGUAAAAGAAGAAGCCGCCUUGUCGAUUGAGGCCAAGACAAAAAGUCAGGAACUGUAUCGCACCCUUCCACGGCCAACGUUAAAGAAAAAGGCCUUGCCGGCUUUGGAUUAUUUGUCUGUAUAUGCUAUAGCUGUGAAUGAGGAAAAUGCUGCUGGCGGAAGGGUGGUUACUGCUCCCACGAAUGGAGCGGCAGGCGUUAUUCCUGCAGUGUUGAGAUAUUAUCUGGAAUUUUUUUCUACCGAUUUAAAACACGAUAUUAUGGAAUUUUUAUUUACGAGCGCUGCUAUUGGAAUGUUGUUCAAAAAAGGAGCGAGCAUCAGUGCCGCCGAGAUGGGAUGUCAAGGAGAAGUUGGUGUCGUCGAAAACGCAGCAGAGAUAGGCAUGGAACACAAUCUGGGAUUGACUUGUGAUCCCAUAGAUGGUCUCGUUCAAAUACCCUGCAUAGAGCGCAAUGCUUUAGGAGCUGUAAAAGCCGUUACUGCCGCACAACUGGCGUUGAAUGAGACUGGAAAACACAAAGUGACUCUAGAUCAAGUAAUAGAAACCAUGAGACAGACGGGUUUAGACAUGCAGAGUAAAUAUAAAGAGACCAGUCAAGGCGGAUUGGCCGUUAAUGUGCCUUUUUGUUAA